AGCGUUGUAAAGCUUUUAAAUAUAUCAAUCGGUUUGAGCUUUGAUUCGGCAAAUCCGUUCUUUCGCAUAUUCUGGGCGCAGUCUACGCUGUUACGGUUACCGACACACUCUCUCGUCUCUUCGUUCUGAUUUCCAUGAAGAUUGAACGUUAGGUAGGUCACUACGUCCUAGUACGCCUAAACCUUUACCCCCAGUUGUCGACCAGCAGCGCUGGAUACUAUCGACAGCUCAGGAUCACUCAUUCGUAUUUCCCUCCGAUAAUUUCAACAUCCUUCCUGUACUAGCAACCGACCGUCUACAAGACAACGGACAAGCUGAUAUCCACCCUGUUUCCGCUGUUAGGACGCCCGGGACGCUCGGGUUCUUAGGGUACCAUGGCAGCUACCUCUACCCUUUCUGCCCCCGUGCUUGAUCGGGCUAGUCACGCCCUCUUGGAUCCUGCCAUAAUGGUGGAGAACAAAGUGUGUCCAGGAUGCAAGAAGACUGUUGUUACGGAAGACGGAAGCGUGGUGGUUGCAUUUGGUCAAUCCUUGUUCCACGUUGAUUGCUUUAAAUGCGCAAAAUGCAACAACCAAGUAACUGCAGACACGAACCUUCUUUUACUUUCCGAUGGUUCCCCCGUGUGUGCGGAUUGUUCAUACUGUUGCAAUGUCUGUGGACAACCCAUCCUGGACGAAGCCAUCAUGACUGGUGACGAUGCUUACCAUGCACACUGUUUCAACUGCAAGGUCUGCAAGAAACGUAUAGACGAACUUGUAUUUGCAAAGACCAGUCAAGGCAUAUACUGCAUGGAUUGUCACAAUGAGCGCGUUGCCAGGAGUCGACGUCAUCAGCAAAGGCGGGAGAAGGAGAAGGCACGCGAGAGAGCAGCAGGGGAAGCCAGUUCCGUAAAGGCGAGAGAGAAUGUGGUUCGUGAAGGCUCACAAGAUGCAUCCCGCAAUAGUAGAGAAGGUAGUCUCAAAUCGCGUUCUGGGAGUAUACGCUCGAAGAAUAGGCCUGGUACAAGUGACUCGGUUGAUCAGGCAUCAACCGGGUCCAGGGUAGAAUUACGACGGGAUUCAGCUUCCUCUCUGGGGGAACGAUCAUUGAAAGUUAAGAGCCCUCCGCAGAUCCAUCAAUCCAUUUCGCUACCGGCAUCUUCUGCCGCUGCAUCUGCACCUGCCACCACUGCUCCACCGCCGAUUCGUAGCAAGAGAUAUUCAACUAUGCUUUCGACAUCCGCUUCAUCGCCUCCGGAGUCAACUUCUGGGGAUACUAUCACCUCCACAGAUCAUGCGCGGUCGGCAACUCUCCCUGUAUCUAGAGCCGAUACGUUGACGGUGCCCUCAGACAACAAAACGUUGCAGAAGCGAAAGAGCUUCAACGACAGACCGCUCAAUGUGUUGCUGAAGGAGACCACUAAUGAACCGGUUCAAAAUGACAAUGCAAACGGCUUGCUUAUACCUAACGGCGGGACAUCCCGCAAAGACAAGCGUCGUUCGAUCAACCCUACCUUUACUCUGUCCUACAAUGGACUGCAAGAGCCUAGCCAGUCUCCCACUGCAACGUCCUUCGUUCGUUCGCAGACCCCGCCCGUACAAGAUCGUCUUCAAUCUCCACGACAGGACUAUUUCCCGAUCUCCAACGCACUUUCUCCUCCUCCUUUUACUGAUAGUCCAAAGCUUAACGUCAACCCUCUUUCCCAACUCUCCCCGCAAACCGAUGAGACUAAUCGCCUCUACGGUCGAACGCGUUCGGCCUCCUCCGCCACUUAUGACCCUUCUCGUGGAAUGGACCAGAAUGCUGCACUAAGACCUCGACCAAGUGUCACGCUUGAUCGAGUUCCCGCUCGGUCUAGCAGUCGAAUUGAUUUAUCAAGCCCUCAGCGACAGCCUGCGGGAUACACGCCUGCGUCAUCACCAGACGGUGGGCGGACAACACCUCAGUACUCAGAAGGUCGGAUUUCACCGAGUACAUUGAACAUCCCCAACGGCGUCCUGCGAACGCAAAAAUCGUUUGAUGAUCGGUAUCGACCUAGUACAUCAUCACUCAGAAACAGCGGAUCGACAAUUGAGCUUGCCCCUGGGUCCGGGAAUAGCUCUCGUCCGACCUCUCCCGCGCAUCGUGCAGAUGUACCUCAUGGAAUUGAGAGUGGGACGGAUACUGAAGCCGAGGGGGAGGACACGAGGCGAACUCACAACGGCCGAUACAACGAUGAUCGACCACCAGCACCUCCACCUAAGGAAGGUAAAGCUGGCAAGCGGCCCCCGGAUCUCAAACUGAAUACUGUGGUGGAUAACAAGGACGACGCAUCGGAUGCUGGACAACUCGAUAGUGAAGUCUCGUCUGAAGUUUCACAUGAGUCUUCGCCCGUGGAGCAGACCUCACGUUCGACAUUCAUUGCGCCCGCUUUGCCGCCGAUAAGGUUCUCGUUGGGUGCUGCAGAUUUCUCGGAUCUGCUUAAGUCUGUGGGGGGCCCUCAGUCGCUGAAGUCGCUUGCUGAGGCCAAGGAGGAUCCUUCGACUACAUUGAGUGCAGGCACUACAAGCACUGCAGCAAGCAAGACAAGCAAUGGUCGGCCGUUGACGCCUACGAGCGAGAUUACCGUUAUUGAUUCCGAUUUGGGACAUUCAGAUGUUACUCCAGUUAAGCGGCGUGACCUCACAAACAGUCGUGAUCCAGAUAUUACUAUCCGUCGAGAACGAUCUUCCUCUCGAAGUCAGUCUCCUUCACCUCUUUCCUCGAAUUCAUCCAAUGGUCAUUCGGCAACCCUUCCUCGAGCUGCCGGCGAUUCAGUGAAACGUAGCUUGGAUGGUUAUGGUGAUCGUACCAGUCGUACCUCUUUGGAUAUUCCUUAUUCUCGUCAAAGGUCGUACUCCGCGUCUCGUAGCGAUCAAUCACCUCGACCAUCCUUGGACAGUCGACUGACACAUCAGAGAGAGAUGACGGAACCUACGUUGUCUAAUAUUCUCCCCAGCACUCGCGUUACCUUGACGCCUGCUGAAAAUAACCCCUCCGCAUUGUCAAGACCAGACUCUGCUGACCUGAUAAGGCGGCGACUGCAAGAAGCAGUAAAUGAUGCUAGUGCGAGAGGUUCAGAGCAUGUGAAGCUCAACAUGGAGUUCGUCAACGCCAUUCUCAUGCUGGUCGACCAUCGCAGUCAAGAGUUCAAUGACAUGAAGCGAAGGCUAGAUGGCAUGAAGAGAGCCAGCCAACAGUACAUGGACGGUCUGACUGUCGCGCAAACUGAAUAUGACAGGGAGCUUCGUGCUAGGCGAGACGCUGAAGCAGAAGUCACUCGGCUCCGAAUUCUAUUAUCAGGUCAAGCUGCCCGACUGACUGCUAUUUCGGGUGAUUCGCGACGACAAGAAGCUCAGAGGGCUCUAUCGCGUGAGCUUAGCGAUAGUUUGUCAAUACUUGAGAAAGACCUGUCCAAACUAAAGGUCGAGCGAGAUAUGACCCUGGCGGAAGUCGAGGAGCUGUCUGCGACCAAGAGUAACUCUACGAUCGCUGAUGAAGGUGGUGAUACAACGAUGAAAAUCGGGCGCUCACUGUCCAUGCGGUUCGACAAUAUCAAGAACCAAUACGAGCAUGAACUGCUUCCUCUCACUCAGAAGAGAGAGAACCUGUUCCGCGAAAUCGAAGAACUCAAGGCUUCUCGCAACGCCUUCUUAGAGGAGACGACUAUGUUGAACGCGCGAAAUGAGGAACUUGCUCAGCUCAAUGCCCAAUACGCCCGCCGAAUGGAAGCAUCGGGAAUGGAUCCAAGUCAUAUCCCGGAGAGACUUAGUGAAGACAAGAAUGAGCUCAAGUCCCAACUGACAUCGUCAACGACUUCUUCGACCGUUGCUCUAACGGAAGAAUCUGCAGACUCUAAGUUCAUCAGGACCACCAAGCCCGACGUUCAAGAACAGCAUACCCCUCAGUCAAGACCGAAGUUCAUCAAAUGGCCCGGAAAGGCUGCUAAGGAACUGUUUUGGCCUGAUGCUAACAAGCAGAAGCCUCGCGCAGAGCAUGCUUUCUUGCAAGUCAGUGUGUUGCGUGUUGCUCGAUGCGAUCACUGUGGAGACAAGAUGUGGGGUUCCCAACUACGAUGUUCGAAUUGUAGCAUUGCCGUUCACACCCGCUGUGUACAUCAGGUGCACUUGGCAUGCUCACAGCAAGCCAAUGGCCAGCGUGACGAAGCACCAUCUGUCACUAUCAAUGCUCCAGGCCCUUCACUAUUUGGAAGAGAUCUGACCGAACAAGUGAAGGCGGAUUGGAAGGACGAGCAAAACUUUGUUCCGGUCAUUGUGGAGAAGUGUAUCGAUGCUGUGGAUCUUUUAGGCCUGGAAUACGAGGGUAUCUACCGUAAGACUGGCGGUUCUCGAUUAUCCAAGCUUAUCACGCAGCUGUUCGAGAGCGGGGAUUACGCAUCCUUCGAUCUUCGUGAUACGGAUCGUUUCAAUGACAUCUGUAGCAUCACCUCCGUUCUCAAGACUUACUUCCGAUCCUUGCCAAAUCCGUUGUUGACUUUCGAGCUUCACGAAAACUUCAUCUCAGCUGCUAAUGUCAAGGAUCCUGCUGUGAAGCUAACAAUGAUAAGCGAACUGGUACAGGAGUUACCACGAGAGCACUACCACACUUUGAGGUCGUUAAUGCUCCAUCUGCAUCGGUUUGUCAAUAUGCAUGCUUCGCGGUGUAUCAUUGCUGAACUGUACAUAUUCAGGGUAUGUCAGAGGAGCGAGACGAACCUCAUGCAUGCAAGAAACCUCGGUGUGGUAUUCGGACCAACUCUCAUGCGCUCUCGUGAUCCUAAUGCCGAGUUCAGCGACAUGGCUGGUAAAGCUCUAUCCAUCGAAUGCCUGGUAGAGCACGCACCUACGGUGUUUUCGCCUCCGAGUUAACCCUCAAUACUGGUGUUUAUGCAUACUUAUUCUUUCUGGGUCUUCAUGUUUUACAAUCAUUUCAUUCGACUUUGGCUUUUCGCGGUGCUUAUCUUUACUUUCGUUUCUUCUGUUAUUGAUCUGCUUAGAGGAACAUCCAUCAUGUAUAACAGCAUGACAUCACUGUAUUCCUUUUUCAUUCAGGUCUGUUCCUGUAUUUCCAUUUCCUCUCUUUUGCGUUUCUUACGUACAUGAACCCCCUCCUUUUUCGGUUUCCUUUCUUUCAUUCGGCAUUUCUUACUUUGGGGAAGUCUGUGCUACAGUUUCUUUCGCAUCGAUAUCACAUCUAUGAAUACCUACAUCCUAUCCGUACACGUAUACCCUGCCUUGCAGCUAGUUGAGGUCACGGAUAUGGACUGUAAUCUUAUUUAACUGCUCGCUCGAGAUCAAUCUUGGGCAAUAGUAUAGACAGAACAACAUGUCUGUUUCUAUGGUUCAUGAAGCGAGUGCCCUCUUCAUUUCCUCUUCGGUAUGUUCCCACAACUUUGCCUCGAUUUCUUCCGAACCAUAAUACCGCGAGUCCCCAAUGUCAUCACCCUUCUCGUUCCUCCUGUUAGCGCC